AUGUCCACAAUGGAGAACCAGAGCAGACAUCUGACUGUUAUUUUGCCCAAUAACUACGAAGUGAACUUGACUGUGGGGCUGAAAGACAGAGGACAAGAUGUCUUGAACCAGCUGUCUGAUCUACUUGGCAUCAAAGAGCUUGAAUUCUUUGGUCUGAGUGUGGUAAAGGACAAUCAACCACUGUUUUUGGAUCUGGAACAAAAACUGUACAUGUACCUUCCUAAGUGCUGGAGAAAGAAUACAUUAAAUGUAAAGUCAACAAGAAAUAAAGGUUGUGCCAAAAUCUCUACUGACAAGGAAAUAGUGGUUCUCUAUUUGAAAGUGCAGUACUUCGUAGAAAAUGCCCAACUAAUUUUAAAUUACAAAACCCAAGAGCUGUACUAUGCUGAGGUGAAAGGAAGAGUUUUGAUUUCUAGAUGCUAUGAGCAGGAAGGAUUAUAUUUCCAGCUGGCUGCAUACGCCCUGCAGGCAGAUCUAGGGGACUGUGUAGAAGGACAGAGUGCAUACUUCAAACCACAGGACUUUUUCCCUUUUUGGAUUAUACAAAAACAUGGGAAUGAUUACAUUCUGGAGCACAGCCCAGCCCUUCACCGUGAGAUUACAGGAAUGACCUCCAGCGAGGCUGCCCUGCUUUUCAUACAGGAAGCCUUUACCCUGAGCGACGUGCCCAUCACCAGCUACAGAAUGCUCAAAGCAAAAAGGGAACAAGGAGGUGGUGUCCUCCUGGGUCUGGCUUCAACAGGACUGCAGGUCUUUGAGAUGCUGAAUGGAGAACAACAGUUUCUAUAUGAUUUGGCAUGGUCGAACAUUCAUUCCAUCACCUUCCAGGGUAGGAACUUUGAGAUACGGGCAGAUGGCUUGCAUGGGAAGAAGCUGGUGCUUUAUACUUACUCGGUCAUGCAUGCUAAACACCUGCUCCAGCACAUAAGCAACAGUCACCGACUCCAUCUCACCAUGCGGAACAAGGAAAAAAUCGAGAGAAGGCCACAUAGAGAGGUGUACAUCACAGACGGUUCUGAUACGGUCAUAGAAGAGAGUGAUGAUGAACUUCCACUAAUGAAAUUCCACUUAGCCAAUGCACGAAAGCAAACCAUUGGUGCUUUCUCAUUUCAAAACUUUGAGGAACAAGAAUGUAGACAUGUUUUAAAAGGUACUGAUGUCGCAAAUACAACUUACGAUUUAGAAAUGAGUGUUGAUGAGUCAGAUGAAAUGUUUGUGGAUGAUCCUGAGGUCGUCCUGCAUGUACUUGAGCUGCUGGAGGGUGUGUCCGUGGAUGGCCCUUUAUUUACACAAAUGUCUCACUGGAAAGAUGUUAUUGAGAAGCAUCAGCAUUUUUUGUAGACCCCAACAUGAAAGUGUGGAGAGACAUGAUGGAUUGCGAAUCUGAGAUCUUAUCUCAGGUCUUACAACGUACAAUAACCACAGGAUGUGGGGAAGUAACAAACAUUAGCUUUAGAAGAAACCUCCACUUUUAAAAUAAAUGUUAACUCAUUCUGUCUGCUAUCAAUGAGUUACCACAACAGUGCUUCUUUUCUAAUCUUUUUAUUUACUUACACAUUAGGUUUCAAAUCAUGUCCAAAAAUAUGUAAAAUACAAGCAAAUAAUUUGUAAUGCAUGCUGUUAUUAACACAGACUCAAGUACAAGACUGCUAAACUGUUAUUUAAACACACGUGUAAAUGGAGGAAUUGUGACCUUUUCCUAGGUUGAGCAAAUAUUGUGUUCUACAGACAGGCUGUGAAUCACCACUUAUUUGCACUGUGCAAGAAAGUAUGAAUAUUGUUGUCUGUUAGAAUUUCCUGUAGUUUGUAGUGUCUUUGAAGUGUACUAAAGUUUUCUGCUUAAGUCAAAGACUUAUAUCUGUGUCUGCAUUAGGAAAAGGUUUAUUCAAAAGUAUUCAUUAUUUUCUCUAUUGUUUGUAAUAUGCAUUCACAACCUACAUCAUCUUGGGUGUGUUUGUGGGCGGCACCAUUAUAGAUUGAAAGUUCAGAGCACAACAUCUCUUUCUCUUCAUCAUGCAGCUUUUUUUGGUUCUUCUCAGGGUGCUGCUAUUUAUUUCUUUUUUUCAAUCAUGCAGUGGAUUGCAAAAUGAAACGUGUGACUUCAAAGUUGCAAUGAUGCCAACUGAGGAAAAAUUUUCCUGCUUCAGAAAGAUGAUGGGCAAUGAUCAAGUUUGUGGGUCUAAUCAGUCAACCUCAUCAUGCCAGACUGACGAUAAAAAUGGCUUGACAUGUAUUAAGUGGCCAGCAAACAUUGAACUGAUGUGUAUGAAUAAUUCUGGAGAGAUACUGAAUGGGAAAACCAAGUGUGCUCGAGAUCAAAAAUCCAUAAGUUGCAGUGGAGAGUAUGUGGGUAUAUCUGCUGAACCCCUAAAUUCUGUGACAUCAUUGUCAAUCAUCAUUCCUUUGAUUGCUGCUCCUAUUGUUGUGAUGAUCCUCCACUAGACGUCACUGUAACACUACUAAUAUUCCUACAGUUUUUGCAGACACAUUUUUUUUUUAAGCUAUCAGGGGACUAAGCAGGGACAGUAUCUCGCACCCUAAAAUGAAAUAGUGGAUAUAGAGGAUAUGGAAUAACAUUAUACAAAAUGUAUAAAAUUUCAGACAUUUCCUGAAUAAAGUUUUGCUUAUACAUUUAUCAUGAAAUUUUUUAACAUAUGGGCCUUUGCUCAUUUUCAGGAAAUAUAUCUCAGUUAUUGGGUAGGAAUUAGCUGGUAGUGUCUGUACCUCUCACCUGCUGUUGCAUGAAUAGUAAGGAUUUCUACACCCUACUCAUUUGACAUACUAUGUAGUAGGGAAGGGCAUGUGUUAUAUACUUCAAGUAAGACUUUACUGUUAUAAGCCACCAUUUAUCUAACAAUCAUAAUAACCCUAACCUUAUCCUAACCCUCAGUUGCAGUAGCACAGAUGCCAUCAGACACGUGUCCUCUCACUAAUUUGAGCAUUUUUUUGUAACGUAUUGAAUCCUAAGUCGAUUAAUUCACCUGCAGUCCUUUGUUUCUUUAUAGUUAACCCUACUACUAACCCAGCUUGUAACAAUUAUCCAUUAUUACUAGUGAAAGCCUUUAGUUUUUAUUUCUCCAAAAUAAAUGUUGUACAGUAAUUUUA